AUGUCCAACUCCAACGCUCCUCCAUCGUCUACCCUCGCCGGCUACUUGGAGCAGACCGCCUCCGUCUUGAGCUCCGCUGCCUCCUAUAUGCGUCUCCCAGCGCUGGCGUCGACGGGCAUUGCCGCCGCCCUCACUUCCCUGCUCUACUUUAAACAAAAGGCCCUGAUCUACCCUUCGCACAUGCCACCCAACUCCCGGACCGAACUUCCGCGCCCGUCACAAUUUGGUAUCCGAGACUUUGAGGAACUGGUCAUUCCCACCGACGAUGGCGAGAAGCUUUCCGCUUUCUACAUCCGCGGCCCGCGCGGCAACAAAAACUCAAACAUUACUGUGCUCAUGUUCCAUGGCAACGCCGGGAACAUCGGGCACAGACUUCCCAUCGCCCGCAUGAUCAUCAACUUCAUUGGUUGCAACGUGUUCAUGCUCGAAUAUCGAGGGUACGGCACUUCUACGGGGGAACCCGACGAAGCCGGCCUUACUAUCGAUGCACAAACCGGCCUGAAUUAUUUGCGACAGCGCGCAGAGACCCGCGACCACAAGCUUGUCAUCUACGGCCAGAGCCUUGGUGGUGCUGUCAGCAUCAAGCUUGUGGCCAAGAACCAGGACGCUGGCGACAUUGCUGGGCUGAUACUCGAGAACACCUUCCUGUCCAUGCGCAAGCUCAUCCCGUCCGUCAUCCCGCCUGCCAAGUACCUCACCCUGUUGUGCCACCAGGUCUGGCCCAGCGAGUCGAUACUGCCGAGCAUCAAGAGCGUGCCGGUACUAUUCCUCAGCGGGUUGCAGGAUGAGAUCGUCCCACCGAGUCACAUGCGCCAACUUUACGAGCUCUGUAAAGCGCCAAGCAAGACCUGGAGACCCCUGCCUGGCGGCGACCACAACUCAAGCGUGCUGGAAGAAGGUUACUUUGAAGCGAUGGCCCAGUUUGUUGCCGAAGUUACCAGCGGAUCGGACGCCGAGAAGGUGCGGCUAUAG